AAAGGCCUAUGAUGCAAAUUUGCAAAUAUUUCUGACAUCGAGCUAUAUAGAAAUAAUCUGAGUUAAUGGUUUAGAUUUAGUUUUUGGCUGGAAUUGCUUAGACAGUGACAAAGUUAUUUUGUCAGGCUACAGGGCAUCUUACAAGAACUAAUCAUUGUGUCUCUGUUUUCAGGCUUAUUGAGCUAAAACCUUGGACCUGGAGGAUUUAGGAGGAAGGGAGGAUGGACAACGUCUCCUCACACAAACACUUUAUCCUCAAUGGCUUCAAUGAACUCGGAGCACUGAGGCCUGUCCUCUUCAUCCCAUUCUCCAUCAUGUACUCUGCAUCACUGUCAGCCAACUCCCUGCUGCUGUACGUUGUCAUUUCACAGAGAAGCCUCCACUCACCGAUGUACAUCCUCAUCGCUGGCAUGGCAUUUGUAGACCUCAGCUUCCCACUGGCCUGCGUCCCCAACAUGUUGCUGAGCUUCUUGUUUGACUGGAGGGGAAUCUCUCUGAUUGGCUGUCUGGUUCAGAUGUUCCUCAUUCACUUAGUUGGAACUUUUCCAUCCACAUUGCUGGUAUGGAUGGCGCUGGACCGCUACUUUGCCAUCUGUACACCACUUUACUAUUAUGAAUGCAUGUCAAUACGUAAAUUCCUCAAGUUUGUGAUCCCUCUUGUGAUCAGAAAUGUGUUCAUAGUCUUGCUGGUUGUGACUUUGGCAGGAAGGUUGUCAUUUUGCUCCAGAAACGUGAUAAACCACUGUUUCUGUGAGCACAUGGCCUUGGUGGAGCUGGCCUGUGGAAGCACCAUCAUCAACAAUCUGGUGGGGUUGAUCUCAGUGUUCCUCGUCAUUGUGGUUGAUUUUUUAAUUAUCAUCAUCUCUUAUAUCAUCAUAUUCAGCUCCAUGUUGAGGUCAGGUAUUUCAGGUGUCAAAGCUCUUCAUACCUGUGUCACCCACCUUGUGGUCAUUAGCGUCAGCUUGACCAUCAUACUCAUCACUUUCCUGUCUUAUCGGAUCAGAAAUGAUCUCCCUGCAUCCAUUCGGGUUUUCUUCAGCACCAUGUACUCCCUGUUCCCAAGUUGUUUCAAUCCAAUCAUCUAUGGGAUUAGAACCAAAGAGAUCCGACAGCACAUCCUGAAGACACUGUCACGCUGUCACUUUGUUCAAACUGUGCCCCACUCUUAG